UCCCCCUAGAACAAAACACCCUUCACGUCUCUGCUGCAAAAGAGGAACCGUUUCAUGGAUUAAAGAGCUGCAUGGAUUUUUGUGUGAAAUCUGAGAAGUUAUGAUGCUGAGUUUAGGGUCAAAGAAGAAAGACAAUCUAUCCAGAAUGGAAAGACCCAUUACAGCCUUGCCUCAGCUGAGCAACGAGAUGCAGCUGAGCAUCAUGAACAAGGUGAAGAACGGAGAGUUGUCCAUCGAGGAUGCUCUGAACCAGGCCAGGAAGGACCAGGCGCAGCUGUUUAAACAGCACAGUCUUGCUGAAGAGGAACAGCUUCCCACACAAUACAACUUCAGUGUUCACAAGCAUGGCCGCUACAGGUGGCAGAAGCGGGUUUUUCAGAUUGAUUUUAAGACCAAAAUGCUGUGCAGCAUCGAAAAAGGCAUCGUCAAGCGCCAGCUCCCCUUCACCCUCGUUAAGAGCUGUGAUGAUGGCGUCGGAUCGAGGUUCUCUAUUUCUUUUAAAGGACAUCAUGACUAUGAACUGGAGGCCACUUCACUGGAGGACAAACACAAGAUGAUGCAGCUUGUGAAUCAGAUUAUUUACGGGAACAUAUACGACGCUCCUGAGGAGGGCAAUGAAGAAACGCAUCAGCAGCCUCAAGCAUCACAGAGCCUUCGCGAAGGCGUCCUGUUGCUGCACAGAGGCGGCCUGGCGUCUUUCAGAUGGGUGAAAUAUGAGGCCAAGCUCCAUCCAGGCCAGCUAAUACUGCGGCGAGCUGUUGCUAACGGUGACGUGACUUCCUCAGUGCCCAUGCCCAUCGUGAUUCACCUGUCAGACGGUGACACCAGCGUACAGACAUCUCAUAGCUCCGAUACUUUCACCCUGAUCACCCACAAAAAUGAGUACCACUUCAGGAUUCCGGUAUCAGAACAAACAUCUGCUUCAGGGACUGUCCAGAGGGAGCAGGAAAACUGGGCCCAUGCCAUCCAGAAACUGUGCUCGCACUGGAAGAGGAAGUCCAGGGGUGAACAUAUGUUUUUGGAAGCAACAACUCUACGACAGCUCAGCAUAGUCGAAGACGCAGAGGAUGCCGAUACAGAUCCGGAGUCCAGUGGUGAAUCUAGUGGUGGGAAUGUGACUAAUAAUUACCCCCCAGCUGAUUACCCAACGUCACAUCCCUCUCCUGGUGGUGGGGAUCGGUUAUCAGCUGGUGAUGUGAGUCCCUCAGCAGAUAAAACAAAGCCAGUCCCUAAACCUCGCAACCCUGCUAAGACUGCUAGUCUUGUUAUUGGACCUGAUGUUUCGCCUCCUGUCAUACCACCACCGUCCUCUCCAGGUGUUGCCCUGCGUUCACCCACCUCUCCUGCACCCAUACCCUGCCACAUGGCCCUCACACCCCCUCCUGCUGUCCCACGGUCUCCUUCCCAUGAACCAGCCUCCCCAGUUGUGAAAAUUCCUCCACCUCCAAAUAUCCCGGCCCCUCCACCUUUACCUUUUACAUUUAAGAAAAUCUUUAAAAAAAAUCGCACCAAGGCUUUCCACUGGGACGUUGUCGGCUCAGAGAAGAUUGCAAAAUCAUUUUGGAUACAAGAAAGCACCAAGAGGAUUGAAAUCGACACAUCCAGCUUAUACGAGCAAUUUGCAGUUAAAGAUCUGGGGACGUUUGGUGCAACUGAGCCGAGUAAUACCCAGAAUAUUAUGCUCAACCAGAAGAUUGCACACAACUUCAACAUUUUCCUCAAAAGUUUUCCAGUGCAACCGGGAGAGCUGAAGGACAAACUGUUCAUCAUUAAUGAGGAAGAUGGAGGCCUGUCUGAUGAGCACAUCACCUCUCUGAGGAGGUACGUUCCCACCAUGGAUGAUGUGGAAAUGUAUAAAUCCCACAAAGGACCUGUGACAGAGCUGCAUAUUGUGGACCAGUACAUGAUGGAGAUGUGCAACAUCCCCUACCUGAGCACACAACUUGACCUGCUGCUGACUCUGAGAGAGCUCCCGACCGCCAUGAACGACCUGCAGCCUCUGAUUAACCAGAAGAUCAGAAUGUGCACGCAGCUGUACUACUGCAGGUCAUUUGUUUCCGUGCUGGAGUACCUCCUCGCCAUUGGCAAUUACCUCAACGAGAACGCCGGAAAAGGAAAGGCCAAGGGAUUCCGCCUCUCCUCCUUAACUAAACUCUCGCAGCUCCGUGGGAGAGACAGAAAGUUCACCUUGCUGCAUGCCCUUGUGGAGCAGAUCAUGUUGCAUGAACCGUGCUUAGCCACUUUUACCCAGGAGUUGGCAGAAUUUGAAACUGUCCCGGGAGCUUCCAUCAAAGGCCUGACCGCAGAAGUAGAUGUCCUGAAGAAUGAACUGCAGAAAGUCGUCCAGUAUAGAAAAACCUCCAAGAAGAGAAACGGUGGAGCUCAACAUCCAAACUUCUCCAAAGACCUGAAGAUGGCAAUUGAGAAAUACAACACGGAUCUUUCGGCUCUGACAAAGACGUGUGAGGAGAUGAAGAAACUCUACUCUGUCAUACUGGUGAAAUUCGGGGAACCAGCGGAUCAAGACUCUCAGGAGCUCUUUGGGUUGAUCUGUCAGUUCAUCAAUGAAUUCAAGAGGACCCACGCCGAAGUUGUAUGAGUUAUACUGUGAAGAGUACACAUUGUAUAUAGUUUAUUUAAUAAUCGCCAUAUAAUCAUUAUUAAACAGAUCCUAUCCUCCUAAGGCCUCUUUAACACUGUGGGAUUUUUUGUCUGUCUGAGACAAAAGUUAAAAAUCGUGACAGUAAUGACAGAGUCAGAAGUUUAAGGCAGCUUUUGAAAAAAAUGUUUAGGGGGAAAACAUUUACAGGUCUGUAUUUUUAAUCUAAGGCUCUACAAGUAUGUUUUAGCAUUAUUAA